AUGAAUGAAGAGCGGCUGUCGGAGUCCGUUGAACAUGGCGAAAGAGAAAGUACAAAAAAAGCGUUUUACAAUAUGGGGAAUGGUUUAGGAGGAAAAGGUGCCCUGAACGAUGAUUCGACUGUCAGAGAAUCUCAGAGGGAAACAGUUCAGUCUUCGUCUCAGAGGACAUCGCCCUGA